GCAGCGGCGGCCGGGCCCAUGCGGUGUUAGCGCAGCGGGUGUCCUCGCUCCGCCGGCGGAAGGAGCCGUCGCUGCCGCUGUCUGUGCCUCCCGCUCCGUUGUGCUCCGCCGCCCCGAGCCCAUGAGCCUGAACGAGCACUCGAUGCAGGCGCUGUCCUGGCGGAAGCUCUACCUGAGCCGCGCCAAGCUGAAAGCUUCCAGUCGCACCUCCGCGCUGCUCUCCGGCUUCGCCAUGGUGGCUAUGGUAGAAGUUCAGCUAGAUGCAGAACAUGACUACCCUCAAGGUCUCUUGAUAGCCUUCAGUGCCUGUACUACUGUUCUUGUUGCAGUUCACCUUUUUGCACUCAUGAUAAGUACCUGCAUUCUUCCGAACAUAGAGGCUGUUAGCAACGUGCAUAAUCUCAACUCCGUAAAGGAAUCUCCUCACGAGCGUAUGCAUCGGCACAUCGAGCUGGCAUGGGCAUUUUCAACUGUCAUUGGGACUUUGCUCUUUCUUGCAGAGGUGGUGUUACUGUGCUGGGUGAAGUUUCUUCCUUUAAAGAAGAAAACUGACAAUCCACUCCAGAGCAACAGUACUACUACCAUCACAUCGGGACAGGCAGCAGCCAUUGCAUCAACGUCUAUUAUGGUUCCCUUUGGACUGAUUUUCAUCGUGUUUGCAGUGCACUUCUACAGGUCACUGGUGAGCCAUAAAACAGACAGGCAAUUUCAAGAACUGAAUGAACUUGCUGAAUUUGCACGGCUCCAGGAUCAGCUGGAUCACAGAGGUGACACCAUCUCCUCAGCAGUUACCCAUUUUGCGUAAACCUGUACUUAAAAUAAACCCACUCUUCUGCUUCUGCCUUGUUCUGUUGGCUCCCCUGCGGAUGACCUGGUCAAACUGUUGAUUACCAUUUAAAGAGAGAUUAUAAAUGUUGUUCUGACCCUUGAGAGAGGAGGAAAAAAUGUUUCUUUCAUAAAACUUUAGCUGUUUGAAGGUAUGGUUGGUAGUGUGUGCUCACACUGUGUGUGCACCCCUCCUCUUGUGAAAACUUGUUUCUUGUUAAUGCUGGAUGGAGGCUGUAUAAACACAUGGAAAAUAACAUCGUAAAUGAGGAUGUUUGUUAGGGAUGGAUAGAGAAGCUUCCUUUUUUCCCUCCUCUCUGUAUUUGAUGUUGGCAUUUAGAAGAUACUGCUUGUCCCAUCCAUAUUGCAUGGCAUGAUAACAAAUUACUUGGGAUAUGCAGCAAUUAGCACUUGGUUUCAGUGCUAGUGCUGUUCUCUCUAGAAGGCCUAACAGAUGGGAGAAGUGAAAGCUUUUCACCACCUUCCCCACUAGGUUUUGCUGCCAAGUAAUUGUUACUCUGAUUUCUCCAGCGCCUUUUCACAUUGUAUAACCUGCUAAACACCCAUGACUAGUCUUACUGUGAUGUGGUAUGGCCACAUGAGUAGGAAUGAGACUCGACUCUACUCUUCCUUGGAAGAAAAUAAAAGCAAUAACUGUUUUUAAAGUUCUCACAAGUUGGCACAUAUUAUCUGAAGAGAUAAUUUGCCUGUUUCCCAUUUAGGAAUCUCUUUUUAACAAGAAGGAACUAAAUGGAAAUUAUCACUGGAUAAUUUUUAUUGCUUGAAAAUCAAAACCACUGCUGUGUUUUUUCCAAGCCAAAGUAGUGAUUAUUUUAUACUUUUAUGUUAAAAAUGUAUUUUUAAUAAAUCCUCAGAUACAAGCAGCAAACGGUGCUUUCUCUGCAUUGAAUUCCCAAGUAAUUCGCUAUGCCUUGGUCUUCCUUGUUUAGAAAAAGCCUUCUCCUUGCUGAAGUGUUGUAUUUAAUAACUUGUUACACAGUUUUGGCUUCCAAAGGAUCUGGAAGACUCCUCUAUGUGUAUUUAUUUAUGGGAGUAGGUUAUUUGUAAUUAAUACUGCUGUUUGCUUUCAGACACAGUCUGGCAGUGAGUCUAGUGUCGCUUCUUAUUUCUUCUUUAAGCAGAAACUUCCUUUUGGUCUCUCAGAUAAGAGGUUUGUCCAUGAAGGGUUGCAGCACUUGUCCUGGGCUGCUUCAGGAAUUCCAGCUAUGUCUAGAGGUGGAAUUUUUGGAAUGCAGUUCUUUUGAACACAAAUUGAGGCAGAUUUCAAGUCAAAUGGAACAAAACUUGACCUCCCCUUCGUAGCUAACACUGUGGAAUAAAAACCUGGGAUUUUGAAAUUGGACAGGAGUGAAUGUGACAAUACAGUGGGGCUGUACCUGACUGUGACUGGGCUGAACGUGGCCUCACAUACCCACAGCCUUGCCUCAGGUUAUCUCAAUGCAUUUACAAACUGUAGGAUGUGUUUACUACAGAGUUAGUGUGGCAGAAUGCGUUGAGUACUGAAGCAGCCUCAUGAAGCACAUGGGACUGAUUCUUCAUGUCAGCACCACCACAGUGAAAUGUGUUGACAAGGCUACCUGUGGUGUUUGCAUUCUGAAAAAUAGCUAUAAAACACAAGCUGCUGGGCUUUUUUCCCCAGCAACAUUCUUGGUUCAUAGGCAGAAAAGAGCUUUCCACUUCCUAUCUUUUAAAGACUAUCAAAGUCCUUUUGGCAUACACAGGCUAAACUGGAUUUUCCCUAGUUCUGUCAUUGUGCUUCAGAUACAUUCUGUUCCUGAUGUAAAUCUGAUGUUGAGAAUUGUGACUGCAGUCCCACAGCUGCUUAUUUAUGGAGCACUGGAAGGAUUAUGUUAGUGAAGGCAUUCAUGAAGCAGCAUUCCAAAAUGUGAAAUCUUGGUAGCAGGCACAAAAUACAUAUUCCCAUUACAGGAAUACUCAUCUUUAGGGGAAAAAGACUCUCAAAAGUACUCAGUAAAGGAAGAAAACCUUGCACAUUAGAGCCAGGGGUGCUGUCAGACUUAACGAUUACUCUUCUGUCCAUAAACUGAGUAUGUAAAAGUUGCCAUGUGAUUUUGAAUGAAAGUCCAGAAAAUGUAUUUUCUAAGUUUAUUUUGUAAAAUUACUUGCUCUCGUGGAUAAGUAACUGAAUUUCUCUUUAUUUUGUGGAUCUUUUACCAAACGACAGAGAAGUGUGUGGAGUUUUUGUUUGUAUAAGGAUUGCAGACUUAGAAGCUAGUGAGACAACCUUCUUUUUAACUUUCUCAAGCUGGUAGGUUCUGAGCUAAUGGUGCUGUUACUACAGCUGCUUUUCUGACUGUUUUCUGCACUUUAAGCCAUGAUAUUGAGUAUGCGUCUCGUUUUCCACCUGUGGAAAUGGUCGUGAAAGUUACACCUUGGGCACAGUCUUGUAACUGGGUGCCAGAGGCAGUGAACAGACCUGGACAGAUGGAUCUAAACACUGAGUGCACUUAGAAUUUUUUAAUCCCUUAUUUAUACUAAUGGUGUUAUGCAUUUACCUCAAGCCUUUUAAACAUUGGUUAUUGUAUAUCUCUUAUUUAGAUAUAAAAUACUUCAGUGAAAUAAAAUGUACUCUAUUGUUGCUGAU